UGCAUCGACAGGUGGACUCUCAACCACUGAGCCACCAGGGAAGCCCAAAACAGACAUCUUUAUUAUUUGUUGUUGCUGUCUUUCUGUCAUAUAUGUGAAUAUUAUACAUAACUAAGCAAACAGAUUCAUUACAAUUUUCCAGGUCAGCAGAGUUUCUCAAAAAGCAAGCAAAGUAAAUGAUAACUUGAAUGUAGACAGAGAUCCUUAUCUGUUAGGGUGUAGAGACUAUACCAUUCUAGGUUUCAACAUUUUUCAAGUUUAAACUUAAUCUUUCAGACUCCCAGGGAAAUUAUCUUCAGAAUUUAUGGGAAAGUAAUUUAAAAGUAAAAUUUGAUGCUAUAUGAAGGUAAGAUCGGACAGUGGAAACAAAAGUCUCUUGUAGACUAGAAGAGAUCUUGGUUCUAGUCUGGCACGGUUUUACAUGUUUGAAUUUGGUCAACUAUCUCUGCCUCUAUUUUCACAUCUGUAAAAUUGAGAUUGAAUUAGAUGAACUGUAAGAUUUGUUUCACCAUUAGGAUUUUGUGAAGGCUGAAAAAUCCUGAAUGAAUCCCGAUACAAGGCAGAAAGUGCCAAAGAGACAGGCUUGGCCGACUGCAUAUAGAGGGAGUAGAAGAAAAUCAUGGGAAUGGCAGGUUGGCCCAGCUCUUGCCUCCAGAAUAUGGCCAGUCACCUUGUAAAACCUGAUUCUAGAAAUUGCAAGAGACCAAGAGAGUUGGAGGUAAUCUUUGUGCUUGUGGAGCCUUACUCUUUUAUUUUAUAUACGUCUCAAAUUUUUUCCAUUAAAGCCUCAAAUGCCAGAUAGUCCACAACUGUCCUGUCUUGGAAAAUCAGAUUCUUCUUUCUCUGAAAGCUCUGGACUAUUUUAUAAAGAUGAAGCCCUGGAGAAAGAUUUGAAUGUGUUGAAGAAGUACAUGGAAAAUACUCAUCAGAAAAAAGUGAUUUUCAGUAAGCGGAAGAGCCUUCCGUGUAUUGCACCACUUUUAACCACGGUGGAGGAGACUCCGCAGAUCAUCUCUGCUCGAGUCCGGGGACAUUUUCCUAAGUGGCUCAAUGGCUAUCUGCUUCGAAUUGGACCUGGGAAGUUCGAGUAUGGGAAGGAUAAGUACAAUCACUGGUUUGAUGGAAUGGCUUUACUUCACCAGUUCAAGAUGGAGAAGGGCACAGUGACAUACAGGAGCAAGUUUCUACAGAGUGAUACAUAUAAGGCCAACAGUGUUCAUGAUCGAAUUGUGAUCUCAGAAUUUGGCACAUUGGCUCUCCCUGAUCCAUGCAAGAAUGUUUUUGAACGUUUCAUGUCAAAAUUUGAACUGCCUGCAAUUACUGACAACACCAAUGUCAACUAUGUGCAGUACAAGGGUGAUUACUACGUUAGUACGGAAACCAACUUCAUGAAUAAAGUGGACAUUGAAACCCUGGAAAAAACAGAAAAGGUAGACUGGAGCAAAUUUAUUGCUGUGAAUGGAGCAACUGCACAUCCUCAUUAUGACAAAGAUGGAACAGCAUACAACAUGGGGAACUCCUAUGGGCAACAUGGUUCUUGCUAUAAUGUUAUUCGGGUUCCUCCAGAGAAAGUAGACCUUGGGGAGACAAUCCAUGGAGCCCAGGUGAUAUGUUCUAUUGCUUCUGCAGAGAGGAUGAAACCUUCUUACUACCACAGCUUUGGAAUGACAAGGAACUACAUUGUCUUCAUUGAACAGCCUCUAAAGAUGAAUCUGUGGAAAAUCAUCACUUCUAAAAUUCGGGGAAAGGCCUUUUCAGAUGGAAUAAGCUGGGAACCCCAGUAUAAUACAUGGUUUCAUGUGGUGGAUAAGCACACUGGUCAGCUUCUUCCAGGGAUGUACUACAGUAAACCUUUUGUUACUUUUCACCAAAUCAAUGCCUUUGAGGACCAGGACUGUGUCGUAAUUGAUUUGUGCUGUCAGGAUGAUGGAAGAAGCCUAGAAGUUUACCAACUACAGAAUCUUAGGAAAACUGGGAAAGAGCUUGAUCAGGUCUAUAAUUCAGUAGCCAGAUCUUUCCCUCGAAGGUUUGUUUUGCCCUUACAUGUCGGUUUGAAUGCCCCUGAGGGAAAGAACCUCAGCCCCUUGACCUAUUCUUCAGCCAGUGCUGUGAAACAGGCUGAUGGAAAGAUUUUGUGCUCUUAUGAAAAUCUAUAUCCUGAGGACCUAGAAGAGGAAGGAGGUGUUGAAUUUCCCCAGAUCAACUAUGGCCAAUUCAGUGGCAAAAAGUAUCAGUUCUUCUAUGGCUGUGGCUUUCGGCAUUUGGUGGGCGAUUCUCUGAUCAAGGUUGACGUGGUGAACAAGACACUGACGGUUUGGAGAGAAGAUGGCUUUUAUCCCUCAGAACCUGUUUUUGUUCCAGUACCAGGAGCCAAUGAAGAAGAUGGUGGGGUUAUUCUUUCUGUGGUGAUCACUCCCAACCAGAAUGAAAGAAAUUUUCUCCUAGUCUUGGAUGCCAAGAACUUUGAAGAACUGGGCCGAGCAGAGGUGCCUGUGCAAAUGCCUUACGGGUUCCAUGGCACCUUCGUGACCAUCUGAUGGAACAUCCACAAGGUCUGGGAACUAGGCUUUAAAUGAAUGUGCUCUGUACAAAAGAGAGAGCAAAGGUGCACCUUACCUUCCAAACCAUAGACACCUGGUUUUAAAAUUUCUAUUAAAAAUGGAAUUCAUGAGAUAAUUAUGGUUUUAUAUUUUCUUAGGGAUCUUCCUUGAAAACAUUAAGCAAGUGUUGAUACAACCUUUUGAAGAGAGUUUUAAAUUUAUAUUUACUGGAUAUAUCUUACAGGUAA